AUGAAUAAAUGUAAACGAAUAUUAACACCAAUGGAAAAGAAAUUAAAAUUUGAAGAAAAAGGAUCAACAAGUAAACCAUAUCGUGAACUUGUGGGAUGUUUGAUGUAUGUGAUGAUUCAAACCAGAUCAGACUUCAGUACAGCAGUUAAUUAUUUUAGCCGACAUCAAUUUAAAGCCACUGAAGAUCAUUUUAAUCACUUGAAAAGAGUAUUAAGAUAUUUAAAGGGCACUAUUUCUUUUGGAAUGACCUACAUUAAGAACAAUAAUAUACAUCCACUUCAAAGUUUUGUUGAUGCUGAUUUUGCCGAUAUUGAUGACCAAAAAUCUACUUCUGGAUAUCUUUAUCAAGUUUUUGGUCUACUAGAAAACAAUCAACUGUAUGCAUGCACGGUUGUCGUGUGUCUGUUACUUUUUCUCUCAGUUAAUUUAUGCGUACUAUAG